AAUACUGAAGACGCUCGUAGAUGAAAUAUUGUGUUGAUCGCUUACGGUAAACACCCUAGGCUGUUGUUAGCUGUCGAGAACUAAAGUGCUCCAUAUCGUAAAUGUUACGUAAUUGCAGUUGUACAUAGCGCUUGCUCUUAGUGGUAAGUAAUUGAAUCUAAUUUGUGAUUUUCGCAUAACUACUAAUCAAUUCACAUGAAGCUGUAUAACACCUUUCUAAUGUUACUUUACAGGCCCAUAAUAGUUGUCUGGUUUUACGGCGAUUUAAAAAUUCCCCUUUUUAUGCUAACAUAUGUUUUCCGUUACCUAGCUCUCAGAUCACUAAUAUGUAUAUUUCUUGUAUCGUUGCUAUGUUGCUAUAUCCGUCACCUCUACGCAGUGUCGCACACGGUUCAAGAUUUGGUUUUCAUUUGGAACAUGACCGAUCCACUGGUGGUAAACCCGGAAAUAGAGCUACCCCAGCUGGACAUCAGCAACAACUACACCACCGACUGCACGAUCGAGUACUCGACAGGUAAUUUCACCUGCCUGGCGGUGGUAUUCAACCUAAGACGACGUCUGGGCUACCAUCUGUUCCACACGUACAUCCCGUCGGCGCUCAUCGUCGUCAUGUCCUGGAUAUCGUUCUGGAUCAAGCCCGAGGCCAUCCCUGCCCGCGUAACGCUCGGCGUUACCUCGCUACUGACCUUAGCUACACAAAACACACAAUCGCAACAGUCGCUACCGCCGGUUUCGUACGUGAAGGCAAUCGACGUGUGGAUGUCGUCCUGCUCCGUGUUUGUGUUUCUCUCGCUCAUGGAGUUCGCGGUCGUGAACAACUACAUGGGACCGGUCGCCACGAAAGCUAUGAAGGGCUACUCCGACGAGGAUUUGUCGGAGGCGAUAGAUUUCAACAAGAACGGCUACAAUAAGGAUCACCGUUCGUCGGAAGUUCCACGCUACGACACUUUCUGCAACGGGCGGGAAACGGCGCUCUGCAUCGACAAGUUUUCCCGAUUCUUUUUCCCCUUCUCGUUCUUCAUUCUGAACGUUACCUACUGGACCACUUUCCUGUAGGUUUAGGGCUGCACCUGCAUUGUGCGCCUUCCCCUUAGCCAACAUAUAAAAUGCCAAAUAAGCUGGCCUUUCACGAGCAGUGGAAAUCCCACAUAGUGCACUAAUUUUAAGCAAUAUUAGCCAUCGAUUUAACCAAUAGCUUAAGAAUGGCAUACGUCAUAAGAAUCUAAUUAACACAGCCCUCUGUUAUGAAUAAAUAGUUAUUAUA